UUUUUAGUUUAAUAUUAUAUGUUAUAUUCAAAUAGGUUAAUCGUGAAUGUUGAAUUCAUGACUUAAUUUUGGGUGUUUUUUAACGAUGAAUUUCAAAAUUGUUAUGUUUUGGAUUAUUUCUUUGACUAUUUUACUUCUAUUGACUAUUGGUGCCAAUAGUUCCAUAAUAACAAAUUCAAAAAGUGGAGUACCUGUAACUACCCAUUGUGAAUAUUACAAUGAAACAACUUGCGUUAAUGGUUCUGGACAAGGAUGUAAUGAAAAACAGGAAUGUAGUCCACAUGAAUCUGGAAAACGAAAUCAUUGUUUUGUUGUAUGGCAUUUGGAAAGUGAUGGAAAACGUACAAUUAAGUUGAAAGGUUGUUUUUUAAAUAGUUUUGAAUGUUAUAACAAGACGGAAUGUGUGGAAAAAUCACAGUCGCCAAAUAAGAGUUACCUAUUUUGUUGUUGUGAAGGUGAUAUGUGUAAUCAAAAUUUUACAUGGGAUCCAUCACCUACGGAACCUCCAAAACUCGGUAUCACAAUAGAUACAACAGAAUAUGAAGAACAAAUGCAAGUGAAAAUAGUUAUGGUAUACGUUCUAAUAUCAAUAUUAGCAGUCAUAAUACUUAUCGGUGGAGUCUAUUGGUUCUAUGGACCUCAUCGUUUAACUUUAUUUAUGGAGAUUCCAACAGACGGUGGUCGUCCUACAGCACCGUCGUCACCAAGAUUAGGCGUACGACCUAUUCAAUUAAUUGAAGUGAAAGCUAGAGGUCGAUAUGGUGCAGUUUGGAAAGCUCAAUAUAAAACAGAUGAAGUAGCAGUUAAAAUAUUCCCAAUUCAAGAUAAACAAUCUUGGAUAUCGGAACAAGAAAUAUUUCAGUUACCAAGAAUGAGUUGUCAUCCAAAUAUAUUACAAUAUAUUGGAGCCGAAAAACGUGGCGAUAAUUUACAUGCAGAAUUUUGGUUGAUUACUGCUUACCAUGAAAAAGGUUCCUUAUGUGAUUUCCUUAAAUCAAAUGUAUUAACAUGGUCACAACUGUGCCGUAUUGCUGAAACAAUGUCCAGAGGCUUAAUGUUUUUACAUGAAGAAAUUCAAGCUAGUAAAUCGGAUGGUUAUAAACCAGCAGUAGCACACAGAGAUUUUAAGAGUAAAAAUGUCUUACUCAAAUCUGAUUUGACUGCGUGUAUUGCAGAUUUUGGUCUUGCUUUAAUUUUUCAACCUGGACAACCUUGCGGUGAUACGCAUGGUCAAGUGGGUACACGAAGAUAUAUGGCACCAGAAGUGUUAGAAGGAGCUAUUAAUUUCACAAGGGAUUCAUUUUUGCGAAUAGAUAUGUAUGCAUGCGGUUUAGUGUUAUGGGAAUUGGCAUCAAGAUGUACAGUCACCUCGGCAACUCUCAAAGAAUAUCAUUUACCUUUAGAAGAGGAAGUCGGCCAACUUCCAACACUUGAAGAUAUGCAAGAAGCUGUUGUACAAAGAAAAGUGCGGCCAACAAUAAAAUCAGAAUGGAGAAUGCAUCCAGGCAUGUCAAUGCUAUGCGAUACAAUGGAAGAAUGUUGGGAUCACGAUGCAGAAGCACGAUUAUCUGCAUCAUGUGUAAUGGAACGGAUAGCAAUGCAAAGUAGAUUUUCUGGUACACUUCGAAUAUCUGAUGUUCAACAACAACAAACCGAUACAUUAAAUGUUGCUAUGUUAGCGUGAAAUCACAUUUAUUUAGAUCUCGACAUUCCGAAUACCUAAAACACAAAUACUCCUGUUCAACCAUGUUUUAAUAACAUUAUGAUACGUACCUGUAAUUUACUGCACUAUUACGGUUGAAGAUAAGCGUACAUUAGGUCGAUGUAGUCCGAUUUGAGACGAAUUGCAUUGUCUAAAUCAAUACAAGUUUACAUAAUCUGAUCUGAUUUACCCCGUCCUAAUGCGCGCUUACUUUAUCUUAACAUAACUUUUUUUUUUUUUUAAUUUAAAAUUUUAUAUUUAGUACUUUAUUGAUUGAAGGAAAAACUCUUUAAUUUUCAUUGUUCUGAAUUUAUAUAUUUAAGGUGAUCCUGCAAUAAGACCCGAUUUUUUACGCGUUCAUUGAAAUUGUCUCAAUUAAAAUAUGUAACAAGCAUAAAACUAGCCAAAAUAAGAAAAUUGU